AUGCAACUCGUCGACGAACUUUCCAUGAUUUACACCACAUGUUUGAUGUGCUAUGCGUCCUUCUCUUACUCGAGACCAACAACCGUCCGUGUACUCCUAGCUAUUGCGCUGACCGGGUUAGCCGUCUUCAUUACCCUCUAUUACCACUACCUUCAAGACCCUGUCUUCCACCAGAAUGCAUACGCUAUCCUGACCAUUGUCGUCGUCCUGCGGAGUAUGUACACCAUGGAGGUAACCCUUCGCCCUAAAUGGCGACACACCACCGAGCAGGAUCGGAUAGCGCGCGAGAAACAGGGUCUACCUGUUCCUUCAAAGGAACAUCAACAUUACGAGAAUAUGCGAGAUGUCAAGAUUCUGAAGACCAUGUGGUUCAUGGUUAUUUAUGGACUAAGCAUGUUCCUCGGUGGCUUCUUUAUCUGGAACUUGGAUAACCACUUUUGCACUAAGAUCCGCGGAUGGCGCCGGGUAGUGGGGCUUCCGUGGGGUAUGCUCCUUGAAGGUCAUGGCUGGUGGUAUGUCUCCUAUCUCUGGUUCUUUCUCUUUUCUGCGCCGCCGCAGGUCUUCGCUCGUACCGUACUUGCUAACAUUGUUCUGUUGUCAAGGCAUCUCAUGACCGGUAUUGGUGCGUACCUCUAUAUAAUUUGGGGCAUUUGGCUGCGCCACUGCUUGAACAACCGUCAAGAGGAAUAUUAUCUGUGGUGGCCGCAUUUCUGGAACUUCCCCGAGAUCAUCCGUAUUAGCUCCAAAGACAAGGGCGAAAAUGGCGUGGCCAAGAAAUCAAACUAG